CAGAUAUGGAACCCCUACUCGAUCCAUGCGAUGACAGAGCAUGAAAAGACUUUGAACCACCUCCAGCAUUGCCCCUAUCCACUGAAUUACUAUUCCCAACUUCAGGAUCCAAAGUUCCUGACUGGAGAUUGGUCAACCAGCAUGUGACUAAAGAAGGCAGGAUAAAUAAAGAAGACUUUGUGACUAUUAUAACAGAAGUUACUGAUCUUAUGAAAAAUGAACCAAAUCUUCUUGAAAUGGAAGAACCUGUCGUUAUCGUUGGAGACAUCCAUGGACAGUACUAUGAUUUAUGCCAUCUUAUUGAAAAGGCGGGUGAUCCUGAAACCACUAACUACCUAUUUAUGGGAGAUUAUGUAGACAGGGGCAUCUUCUCAGUGGAAUGAAUCAUCCUGCUCUACUGACUGAAGCUCAACUACCCAGAGACUUUUGUACUUUUGAGAGGGAAUCACGAAUGAAGAAACAUGACUGAUCAUUUUACAUUUAGGGAAGAAACUAUUAGGAAAUUUGACCAGGAAGUAUAUGACCUCAUCAUGGAAUCCUUCGAUGCUCUCCCUCUUUCUUGAUUGGCUGGCAAGAAGUAUUUUGCUAUGCAUGGAGGAAUCUCCCCAGAAUUGAAGAAAAUAGAGCAGAUUAAUAAGCUAGACAGAUUUAAAGAACCUCCUCUUGAUGGACUAAUGUGAGACCUGUUGUGGGCUGAUCCAGCAGACGAUGAUAAUGCCACAAAGACAGAGUAUAUUGAUAAUGAAGAAAGAGAAUGCUCCUUUGUUUUCGGCAAAAAGCCAUGCAAGAAGUUACUUGAUAAGAACAAUUUGAUGACAAUAGUGAGAGCUCACCAGGUUCAAAUAGAAGGGUAUAAAAUGCAUCGAUGGGAUGGAGCUUCCACUUUCCCCUAUGUUAUCACAAUAUUCUCUGCUCCGAAUUACUGAGACUAUUAUUCGAACAAGGCAUCAGUGUUGAUUUUAGAGAGUGGGAAUGUAUCAAUAAAGCAGUAUGACCAAAGCGAUCACCCAUAUUACUUGCCUGACCAAGUGGAUAUCUUCACAUGGUCAAUGCCCUUCCUGGCAGAGAAGGUUAUCUCAAUGCUGUCCUACAUCGUAAACAAGCUCGGAGAAGAGGAUGUAGAUGAUGCAGAUAGCAAAGCUGCUCUGGCUAAUCUAGCAAAAGAUGUAAAGAAAGGAAGAGCUAAUAAGCUAAAAUCAAAAGUCAAGGUAUUCGCUAGGAUGCAGAAAAUGUUCACAACUCUCAAAGAUGAAAGCGAGCUAAUUCUCAAAUUGAAAGGAAUGGCUCCAGAUGGAAAAAUACCAAGAGGUCUUUUGCUUGAGGGUAGACCAGCUAUUAAAGAUGCUCUGAAGGAAUUCAAUAGAGCAAAAGAGGUUGAUAAGAUUAAUGAGAGAAGGCCUAAAGGGAAGUAGAUCUGU